GAUAGUCUCUACUCGUUUAUAUAUUUACAAACGAAACUUCAAAUUCCACACCCAACCUAAAACCAUGACGAACACCAAGAAAACAAUCGCUCUCAUCUCUGGUGCCAACCAAGGCAUCGGCCUUGCCGUAGCAGCUCAACUCGCAAAAGACCACGGCUACCACGUCAUCAUCGGAUCCCGCAACGCCUCAGCAGGCGAGCAAGCCGUCGCGACCAUCGCAUCCGAGGGCGUCUCUAUUUCCACCGUCCAACUCGACCUCGCAUCCGACGACUCCAUUUCCGCGGCCGUCAAGUCCAUCGAGCAGCAGUUCGGCGUCCUGGACGUUCUCGUCAACAACGCGGGCGUGCUCCUCGACCUGGACAAGACUCUCUCAACCCGAGACCUAUUCUCGCAGACACUCGAAACGAAUGUAAUAGGCACCGCCUGCCUCACUGAAGCAUGUCUCCCGCUGCUAAAGAAGUCGGAACUCCCUCGCGUCGUCUUCGUCUCUUCGCGCAUGGGAUCCGUGACAUGCUCGCUCGAUAAGUCGACGUUGUAUUAUGAGACCGACUACAAGGCGUACGAUUCCAGCAAGGCGGCUGUGAAUAUGUUGGCGUCGAACUACGCGAGGAUCUUGGAGGGAUCUGGGGGCUUGGUGAAUGUUGCUUGUCCUGGGCUGAUCAAGACGAAGCUGACAGGGUAUCAUGCUUAUGGAGGUACGACUGAGGAGGGGGCGAAACGGAUUGUGGAGCUGGCGACUUUGGAGAAGGGAGGGCAGACUGGGACGUUUUCUGAUCGUGGCGGCGAGGUUCCGUGGUAGUUCUGCGGAACGUGUCUGUGGGUGCUCGAUGAUGAUGAGGAAUUGGACAUGGUUAUGGAAUGACUCGUCGUUAUGCCACAGCCCCCACUAGAUUCAAUAAAUAACCUAGAGUAUC